AUGGCUUCCACUAACCUGCCCUUGAGUACCCCCGAGAACUGCACUGCAGAUUUCUCUCUCAUCCCAAUCGGCUCUCAAAAUGCAUCCUUCUCAAAGCAGGUUGCGGAUAUCCAGCGUCUGAUGCAGAAAUCAGGCCUCAAGUAUCAGAUGCAUGCCACUGGAACCAUUGUUGAGGGAUCGUGGGACCAGGUAUCCCAGAUCAUUGGAUAUGCCCAUGCUUUGAUCCAUCAAGAAGGUAUAACCAGGAUUCAAACGGACAUUCGCAUCACAACUAGGACGGAUAAGGUGCAGCCGAUGGAGGCUAAUGUAGCCUCGGUGCAAAGGGCUCUCGCGAUUUGAUACGGCCAUGGACAAGCCGCUUGGGCGCUCGUGGGAUAAUUUGCGUCUUGUGUACACAGAAAGUCUAGGUAUUGGUAAAAGUCAGUAUUUAGGAUGUCAAGUGAAUGAUGAAUGCCAUCAAGAAGGCUCAUAUCCUCACUGUAUCGGCAGCGUCCUAAUUGCCAAAGCAUAGUCUGCAUCAAUU